GCAGGGAGGGGAGAGCGGCGGCGGUCGAGGGGCCGGGCCGGGAACUCCAGACGCUGACGGCGCUGCGGGGGGUCGGGACGGGCUCGGCGGAGUGAGAGGAGCGGCUGUGAGGGGCGCGGCGGCCGCUUGGCCCCGCUGACUGCCCGUCCCGGCUCUAUCUGUGUGACAGUCCCCGCCGUCGUCAGGGCGCCCGGUCACUUCGCCGUUCUCCCCGCUGGGAUUUCGCGGGUCGCUCUUCUCCCGGUCGCCCACCGGGACUAGGCGGGGGGCGCGGGGGGGUCUCUCCCCGCCAUGGCCUUCACCUUCGCCGCCUUCUGCUACAUGCUGUCGCUGGUCCUCUGCGCCGCCCUCAUCUUCUUCGCCAUCUGGCAUAUAAUCGCCUUUGACGAACUUCGGACAGACUUCAAAAGCCCAAUAGAUCAGUGCAACCCAGUCCAUGCAAGAGAGCGGCUGAGAAAUAUUGAGCGUAUUUGCUUUCUCCUGCGAAAGCUGGUGUUGCCGGAGUACUCUAUCCAUAGUCUUUUCUGCAUAAUGUUUUUGUGCUCUCAAGAGUGGCUCACACUGGGGUUAAAUGUUCCUUUGCUUUUUUAUCACUUUUGGAGGUAUUUUCGUUGCCCAGCAGAUAGUUCAGAGCUAGCGUAUGAUCCACCUGCUGUCAUGAAUGCAGAUACCUUGAGUUACUGUCAAAAGGAGGCCUGGUGUAAGCUAGCUUUCUAUCUCCUUUCCUUCUUCUACUACCUGUACUGCAUGAUCUACACUUUGGUGAGCUCUUAACUGAAAGAUCAUCAUUAAAGACUGAAAACAACAAAGGCUGGAGGUGCAAGGACAAGUAAGCCAAGUGAUGCAUGAUUAAAAAAAAAAAAAGCAAAGAGAGGAAAACUUUGAACCCAAGAAGUAAAUAGAGUACAUGAAAAAGAGACCCAGCAAGAAGCAGCAGAAUACCAUGAAUGACUGAGUUAACUGUGUUUAUCUCCUGUUUCUCAAUGUGUUGCAGUAAAUGACUUUCAAAACCCAAACAAAACAAAAAAAAAAUGCAACAAGGUGGGCCAAGUUACAUAACUAUUCAUCUCUCCUGGGAUAAUGCUGCUCGGCUUAGUGGAUUCAUUAUAAACUAUAGUCCCUACUGUCUUCCAGGGAGCAAAGUUUCUUUUCUUAAUGACUGUUCUGAACCGAGGAAGCAGAGGGCAAGAUCAUCUUACACAGAAAGAACAGCUAUACAACACAUUCUGAAAAUGAGCACCAACUGGAGUUCAGAUAAGAUGUGUGACUGUUCUGCAGGGAUGUUCACAUGACGCUAAUCAAACAGGGAUGUUGGAUCUUGUGGACUUGCUUCGCAAUUUUUCUUUCCACCCAUAACAACAGUAACAAAAGAAUUUGCAAUGGCAGUGUUCUGUUUUCUAAUGAUCUGCUAUUCCUGUCAGCGAACAUCCAGUAUACUUCUGUACUUCAUUUGUAAUGCACCAAUAACAUAGUGAUAUGGAUAAAUACAUUGGAUUUGACCUAAUCAUGCCUAGCACUUAUCAGAAUAGUGUUCCUCUGACUGCAAGAAAAAAAAAAAGGUAAAAUCUACAUAUAUUAAGGACGAUUGUAACAUAGGUAUUAUAUUCAUCACAAUGCUGGAUAACAAAAUACUGGACGAGCUAAUUGUGGUCUGUAGUUCUGUUUUGCAGCUUUAUUUCUGCUGUCAAAUUUAAGCUGAAACAAAUAUACAAAAUGGUUUUGUCUUGUAUGAGGUUUGUCUUGAAAGAUGUUCAGGUUUUUAUAAUUUAAAAGUUUUUAAAUUUUAUCAUAUAAUUCUGAUUUAAAUUCAUAUAUAUGGGCUGUAUAUCUUAUAUAUAUAUGCAUAUACAAAUACACAUCUACAUAAAUACUCACAAUCUAUGUAUAUUUUAGGUUAAUCUGUUUGAUUGACAGGUCAGAGGCAUCAAGUGUCCAGAACUACUGCUAAAUAUAUUUCGGCACUGAACCUAGUGGAACAGGGCUGGUUCCCUCAAAGUCACUAAGGUAUUUCAAUGCAGCCACUGGUGCUCUGGAUAUUAGUCGAGCCUGUAAGAUCAAGAUCAACACCAUGCAUGCAUAAAGACCACUUGGAUCUCACAUUGUGAGUGAGCUAAUAAGGUAUGUUGCUACCAGAGAUGCUGCAGAGAACAAUGCAGAGAGGCCCAUCUGUACCCCAGCUUGGAUACAGUUGGUCUUGUUAGCACUCGCUCAUUGUUGACCCUGCCAAAUUUGGUCUGGCUAUUGAGAGCCAAUAGAUUGUUCCUGUACCAAACCCUGAGGACUUUUCAGUCUGGGCACAGGACUUCAGCAGGAGAGAUGCAGUCUCACACUCAGCACUGCCUCUGUGCUAGCACACCCUGUUUCAGAGCAUGGUGCAGAAGCAAUGGCUGAAUGGAGUUGUCUCAUGUCUGGCAAGGUCCAAACUGAACUGGAGUUACUGCAUGUGUACAGUGCCAAGACUUUCUGGUUUGAUCUGGCUGUGGUAACAAAAUUAAAUCCUGUUAGCCUGCAAAGCACAGUUGCUGCAUGCAAACUGUGUGCUCCUGGACCAUGCCAAGUCCCAAAUCAUGCUUGGGCAUUGCUUAGAAGAGUGCUAGCUGGCCUGCACAAAAAUUAUACCAGGGAUCAUUCUAACAAUAUUUAGAUGAGCAGGUUGUUCCGAGUGCUGACAUUCUUUAAUUUACAAGUACGGACAUAGCCAGUAGGUCUUACUGCAUGUAAUUUAGCUUCUUACAACAUAGCAUUCCCAGUUCUGGAAGCACACAAGAAGGCUGCCAAAUCAGGUUACUUGGGAAGCUAAUUUGGGCUCUGAUGGUUCAUUAGUUUGGAUUGCACACAUUACAGAAGAGGCUGAACUGCUCUUGAAAUCACAGUGACCCUGCAAGCAAUAUAGAUAUAUUCACUUGGAGUGUGCUUGAGCUAAGAAACUUCGCUGGGUUAUUACAGAGCUAACUGAUAAAGGUCUGCUGCCAUGGUAUAAUUAAUGCACAAACCAUAGAAAGCUGAUGAUUGUAACUGAAUUUCUUCUCUAUAUCCUAACUAAAGCAUCUAGUUCUAUAGAAGUAUAGGAACUAGAUUCACAAGAACAAAUCACAGUGAAUAACUUCUAGGUAUCUUGCUACCUCAUAACACUUUCAACUCUGAGCAGGUGACUGAAUCUUUCCAUGCAUCUCCCAGGAUGCACAGGAGGUGGAAAAAAAUUAAUUCGUGUUUCCUAUAUUCCAGAUACGUUCUUUUAAGUCAGUUUCAUCGAAAGGCCUGGAAUUAUUUUGUGAGGUUGGAUGGGUGAAAGUGUGAUCAUGUCUUGCCUGAAAACACACAGUUUUCAAAUCCUGACCUUUAGGCAUGAGCUAGACUGCUGGCAGGUCAGUUGCUUCUUGGGUAGAGGCUGUGUGAGUUUUUGUAACUGGCAUUGGCAUCUAAUUCUUGACUUUGCAUAAGAGGCACCCAUAUACCUAGGUCUUCUGAAUGUAGCUUCAGGUGACUUCAAGGACAUAAUGCU